AAGUCACUGCCCCGAGUUAAGAUGGCGGUAUCAAUGGCAGCUGCCGCCGGGCGACUGAGGCGGGCCAUUCGAAGGUCGCCCCCCUGGGGGAGCCCCAGCCGUCGGCCUCUCUCAUCGGAGCCCCCUCCAGCCCAGGCCACGGCCGUGCGCGACGCCUUCCUGAACUUCUUUCGGGACCGCCAUGGCCACCGGCUAGUGCCGUCCGCUUCCGUGCGGCCCCGCGGCGACCCCAGUUUGCUUUUCGUCAAUGCGGGCAUGAACCAGUUCAAGCCAAUCUUCCUGGGCACUGUGAAUCCACGAAGCGAGAUGGCAGGCUUCCGACGGGUGGCCAACAGCCAGAAAUGUGUGAGGGCUGGAGGACGCCACAGCGACCUGGAGGAUGUGGGCCGAGACCUUUCCCAUCAUACCUUCUUCGAGAUGCUCGGCAACUGGGCUUUUGGGGGUGAAUAUUUUAAGGAGGAGGCUUGCAGCAUGGCCUGGGAACUCCUGACUCAGGUCUAUGGGAUCCCUCAGGACAGGCUCUGGGUCUCCUACUUUGGUGGUGACCCCAAGGCAGGAUUGGACCCAGACCUGGAGAGCAGGGACAUCUGGCUCCGCUUAGGGGUGCCUGCCAGCCAUGUGCUUUCCUUUGGACCCCAAGAGAACUUCUGGGAGAUGGGGGACGCUGGCCCUUGUGGGCCCUGUACCGAGAUCCACUAUGACCUCGCUGGUAGGGUGGGAGCCCCCCAGCUGGUGGAGCUUUGGAAUCUGGUCUUCAUUCAACACAACAGAGAGGCAGAUGGAAGCCUGCAGCCCCUGCCCCAGCAGCACGUGGACACAGGAAUGGGCCUGGAAAGGCUGGUGGCUGUGCUGCAGGGCGCACGCUCCACCUACGACACUGACCUCUUCUCCCCGCUGCUCAAUGCCAUACACCAGGGUUGCGGGGCACCCCCUUACUUGGGCCGGGUAGGAGCAGCAGACGAGGGGCGCACAGACAUGGCAUACCGUGUGGUGGCCGAUCACAUCCGCACGCUCAGUGUCUGCAUCGCUGAUGGCGUCUACCCUGGAAUGUCGGGCGCCCCGCUGGUUCUUCGUCGGAUCCUCCGUCGAGCUGUGCGGUUCUCUACAGAGGUGUUGCGGGCACCGCCUGGCUUCCUAGGCAGCCUGGUGCCUAUAGUGGUGGAGACCCUGGGGGACGCUUAUCCAGAACUACAGAAGAACUCAGCCCAGAUAACCAACCUGGUGUCAGAGGAUGAGGCAGCCUUCCUGGCCUCCCUGCAGCGGGGUCGGCGGAUCAUCGAUCGGACCCUGAGGCGCCUGGGGCCUUCUGAACCGUUCCCUGCUGAAGUGGCCUGGUCCUUAUCACUGUCUGGGAACCUGGGGCUCCCCCUGGACCUGCUAGAGUUGAUGCUGGAGGAGAAAGGGGUGCAGCUGGACUCGGCUGGGCUGGCGCGGCUGGCCCAGGAGGAGGCCCAGCACAGGUCACGGCAGGCCGAGCCCGUUCAGGAGCAGGGACUGCAGCUGAACGUCCACGCACUGGGGGAGCUGCAGCGCCGAGGGGUGCCCCCAACUGACGACAGUCCCAAGUACAGCUACUCCCUGCGACCCAGCGGGGGUUAUGAGUUCGGCACCUGUGAGGCCCAGGUGCUCCAGCUGUAUGCAGAGGACGGGACAGCCGUGGCCUCCGUGGGGAAGGGCCAGCGCUGUGGCCUCCUCUUGGACAAAACCAACUUCUAUGCUGAACAGGGGGGUCAGGCUUCAGAUCGAGGCUACCUGGUGCGGGUGGGCCAGGAGGAUGUGCUGUUCCCAGUGGCCCGGGCCCAGGUCUGUGGAGGUUUCAUCCUACACGAGGCCGUGGCCCCUGAGGGCCUGAAGGUGGGGGACCAGGUGCAGCUACACGUGGAUGAGGCCUGGCGUCUAGGCUGUAUGGAGAAGCACACGGCCACCCAUCUGCUCAGCUGGGCGCUGCGGCAGGCCCUGGGCCCUGGCACGGAACAGCGAGGUUCCCAUCUCAAUCCCGAGCGCCUGCGCUUUGACGUGGCCACCCAGGCUCCACUGACCCCCAAGCAGCUCCGGGCAGUGGAGGGCGCUGUGCAAGACGCCGUGGGGCAGGACGAGCCAGUGUACAUGGAGGACGUGGCCCUGGCACGCACUGCCCGUGUCCCUGGCCUGCGCUCUCUGGAUGAGGUAUACCCAGACCCUGUGCGGGUGGUGUCAGUGGGGGUGCCUGUGGCCCGUGCGCUGGACCCAGCCUCCCAGGCUGCACUGCAGACCUCUGUGGAGCUGUGCUGUGGGACGCACCUGCUGCGCACAGGGGCUAUAGGGGACCUGGUCAUCGUUGGGGAGCGCCAGCUCACCAAGGGCACCACCCGCCUGCUGGCCGUCACUGGGGAGCAGGCCCAGCAGGCCCGAGAGGUGGGCCAGAGCCUGGCCCAGGAGGUCGAAGCUGCCACAGAGCGGCUGAGUCGGGGCAACCAGGAUGUGGUGGCGGCUCAGAGACUCUCCAAGGACAUGGGACGACUUACUGAUGCGGUGGACACGGCUGUGAUGCCCCAGUGGCAGCGGCGGGAACUUCAGGCCGCCCUGAAGGUGCUGCAGCGGCGUGCCAACGCGGCCGCCCGGAAGCUGGAGCUGCGGCAGGUGAGAGGCGGCUCCGCAAGGGUCAGAGCCGCUGCAGCAGGCACGCUG